UAUAAAAAUGUUUUUAAUCGACUAUUUGCUAGAAAAACUUCAAGACAUACAUUUAUUUAAUUUAAAAAAAAUGAAUUUUAUUCCAUUAGCCAACAUUUUGAAUAUUUCUAUCAUUAUUUUAAUGAUGAUAAUCUUUUUUAAUAAUUCGUCAGCAAAAAAAUCAACAUUAUUAUUUCAAUAUGUCAACGCUUAUGAUAAAAAUUAUGAUGAUUAUUUUAAUAGAAGUAAAGAAAUCAAUGAAAUGAAAUUGACCGUUUUUGAAUUUUAUGUCACAAAAUAUAAUUUAGAUGUCAAGCGAAUUCUAAUAUCAAUAUCUGAUGAAUCACUAAAAAAAAAACUGGACAAAAUAGACAACUAUUGUAAACAUCCAGGAGAGUAUAAUGAAGAGAAAUUUUUAAAAGCUUUACAAGAAUCUCAUAGCCCGGAUGUCGCAAGUUUUAAAGAAGAUCAAAAUGCUCAAGAGGAGCCUUUACCAACUUCUACAAAACCAGCAAUGGAAAACAUUGAAACAGCUUUACAAGAAUCUCAUAGCCCGGAUGUCGCAAAUCAAAAUCGAAUUGCUCAAAAACCAAAGUCCUAUAUUGAACAAUCUGAAUCAGCUUUAAAGGAUUAUACUGAUUCGGUAACUGAAUCUUUAAGCGAUUAUCGAGAUCCGGUAGUUGAAACUAAAAAUUAUUGCUUACGAACUUUUAUAGAGUUGUAUCAAAACUUAAUGAUAUGCUUAACUAAAAUUUGUACUGAUGAGAACUCUUGUAUUAUUCCACCUAAAAAUGAGUUAGUUACAACUGUUCCAAAACUUAUUCGAAUUACAUUAAAAAAUACUUUAAAUAACCAAGAUGAAAAUGCAGAUGCUACUCCUCGUAAUUAUAAUAUAAGUUCAAAGGUUAAAUCUUUCCUGUUAAAAUUGGAUGAAAGAGAUAAACUAAGUAAACCCAAUGAAAAAUUGUUUUAUGGGUGUAUUCAAGACUUUAAAAACGGGAUGAUUAGACUUAAUACAAAAAUUACAAGAAACUAUAAUAAGGAACUUAUUACCCUACAAGAAAAGAUAGAGGAUCAAACCGCAUUUCCUAUUAAUGAAAAAAAAAAAAUACUACAAUUUCAAGAAAUAGCAUUAUUAAAAGCGUUAUCAAUUAUUAGCGAUGGUAAGAUUAAACCAACAUUUAUCCCGUUGUGGUUUUCAAGUAAAUAUUAACUAUAUUUAAAUACCUACCUAUACAUAUUGAUUUUAUUUAACUGGACUUAUAAUAUAAAAAUGUGUUAAAUUGGUUAGAACUUUUUUUUAUGUAUAUAUAUACAUAAUUCGAUUUUAUUGCCUAACAAUAUAUUUGAAA